AUGAAGGUGAAAUCAAAGGCUAAACUGCAGAAAAUAAAACCGAAGGAAGAAGAAGAAAAACCUGUUAAGUGCUAUAAUUGCAACCAGCCAGGACACCUCUCAAGAGAUUGCCCAAAACCUAAGAGAGAGCGAGGAGCAUGUUACAGNUGCGCAAACGUGGGGCACUUGGCGAAAAACUGUCCGAACAGGGAAGCGGCGGAGACGGAAGAGGCGCCGCAAGUAUCCAACGUCUACGAAGACCCCACGGAAGAGGAUGGCAUCGAGCAUCGGAAACUUGUGACGUACGAGAUAAAAGACUCUAGUUUAAGACGAAUAUUGUGCUUAGAUACACUUUUCGACACGGGUAGNCCCAUUAGUCUAAUAAAGGAAAGGUUUGUAGAUAGACAGGCGCUUCACCCUCUAGACGCGUCUGAUCGUGAUUAUUUUGGAUGUAAAAGAGUACCGCUAGAUCUUGUUGGUAAGGUUUGA